GCUCCGAAAUUAUAAACGCUAGCACAUGGAGAGCUGAGACACUCAGAAUCUAAAUACCAAACCCACCGAAUCAAGCCACCUUAUCGUCUGCACUCCCGACACUCAACCGAGGCAAAGCAACAAAACCCGGAUUACAGGCAUCAUCCUUUUUCUUUUCUUUGUGAACGAUACUGAAAUCUUCCCCCUCACGACAAAAUGGUGGGCAUUUUCUCAAGAUUUUCUGUCAGCAGAGCUUCCCAUCGAAGAACCCAAAGUGCUCUUGAUGAGAGAGAAGUGUUGCCCUCAAAUUCUGAGGUUACUGGUGCAGCUAAUGCUGUGGCUGUAGCUGCUGCUGUUGCUCCUCAUGGGAUUGAAGUUGCAGCGGAGUUUAAGCCAGUUGAACACCCAACAGAACCUCUUGAUAAUGAUCGACCAGUUCAAUGUCCACUACCUGAACCCUCAAUUCUUAAUGAUGGUAGAAUAUGGAAGGAGCGAGUGUCAGCGAGUGUACGCAGAAGGUCUGACCUAUCAGUUAUGAAGGAAGGCAACUUCCUUGAAUCUGAAGCUGCCGGUAAACCACCAAGGCCACCCCAAUCCAAUCGUCUGAUUCUACCAUCUCUUAGUGCCCCUGAACACAAUCUCCUUAACCUUCUUGAAGAAUGUAAUUCAUCUGGGAUCUAGACAACUUGGUACCUGUUACCUGUUCACAGCUGGAAGAUGUUUGUAACAAUUUCCAUAUAAAGUUGCGUUAUGUCUCUCUCUCUCUCUCAUCUUUUUGUUUUAAAUCUUUUUAUUUUCAUUAUAUCCCUUUUUCAAUAAAUUACUUGGAAAUAUGUAUUUAUGAAUGAGUACCUUGUAUAUGUAAAUUCAAUGUAUCAUUUCAAAGGUUGAAUUCAUUCUAAAUCCCAAUUUAUUAUGAAGAGCCUUAAUGAAAUUUCAAAGGUUGAAUUCAUUCUAA